AUGGUGAUGCUAGUCAGUGCUGAUGCCAGUAUGCCACUUCACGCCCAAACUUUCAAAAAAGAUGAUCCUUACUCUGGUCGAUCGUUAGUGUGUGACCGCUGUCCACCUGGAAUGUACCUCCGCGCGCCGUGCAGUGCCACGCAAAAGAGCGACUGUGUGAAAUGUCCCAAUGGGGCAUACACAGAAUUUUGGAACCACAUCUCCAAGUGCCUGCGCUGCAGCAUGUGCGCGGAGAACCAGGUCGUCAAGCAGGAGUGUUCUCCAUCCAACAACUGCGAGUGCGAGUGCAAGGAGGAUUACUACUUCAACAAGAAAUACGAAGCAUGCAUCAAACAUAAAGAAUGUCCCCCCGGGUAUGGAGCGAAUAUUACAGGUAUGGCUAAAAUAGAGCCAGUUUUACGUACAGAAAAUAUUAUUUCCACUUAAUCUAUUAUGAUUAAAACACUUUCUUAUCAUCAUAGUUUACAGUCUAUAGUUCCAUAUGCAUACGGUUGAAGUCGGAAGUUUACAUACACCUUAGCCAAGUACAUUUAAACUGCGUUUUUCACAAUUCCUGACAUUUAAUCCUAGUAAAAAUUCCCUUUCUUAGUUCAGUUAGGAUCACCACUUUAUUUUAAGAAUGUGAAAUGUCAGAAUAAUAGUUGAGAGAAUGAUUUAUUUCAGCUUUUAUUUCUUUCAUCACAUUCCCAGUGGGUCAGAAGUUUACAUACACUCAAUUAAUAUUUGGUAGCAUUGCCUUUAAAUUGUUUAACUUGGGUCAAACGUUUUGGGUAGCCUUCCACAAGCUUCCCACAAUAAGUUGGGUGAAUUUUGACCCAUUCCUCCUUACAGAGCUGGUGUAACUGAGUCAGGUUUGUAGGCCUCCUUGCUCGCACACGCUUUUUCAGUUCUGCCCACACAUUUUCUAUAGAAUUGAGGUCAGGGCUUUGUGAUGGCCACGCCAAUACCUUGACUUUGUUGUCCUUAAGCCAUUUUGCCACAACUUUGGAAGUAUGCUUGGGGUCAUUGUCCAUUUGGAAGACCCAUUUGCGACCAAGCUUUAACUUCCUGACUGAUGUCUUGAGAUGUUGCUUCAAUUAUAUCCACAUAGUUUUCCUUCCUCAUGAUGCCAUCUAUUUUGUGAAGUGCACCAGUCCCUCCUGCAGCAAAGCACCCCCACAGCAUGAUGUUGCCACCCCUGUGCUUCACGGUUGGGAUGGUGUUCUUCGGCUUGCAAGCAUCCCCCUUUUUCCUCCAAACAUAACGAUGGUCAUUAUGGCCAAACAGUUAUAUUUUUGUUUAAUCAGACAAGAGGACAUUUCUCCAACAAGUACGAUCUUUGUCCCCAUGUGCAGUUGCAAACCGUAGUCUGGCAUUUUUAUGGCGGUUUUGGAGCAGUGGCUUCUUCCUUGCUGAGGGGCCUUUGAGGUUAUGUCGAUAUAGGACUCGUUUUACUGUGGAUAUAGAUACUUUUGUACCUGUUUCCUCCAGCAUCUUCAUAAGGUCCUUUGUUGUUGUUCUGGGAUUGAUUUGCACGUUUCGCACCAAAGUACGUUCAUCUCUAGGAGACAGAACGCGUCUCCUUCCUGAGCGGUAUGACGGCUGUGUGGUCCCAUGGUGUUUAUACUUGUGUACUAUUGUUGUACAGCUGAAUGUGGUACCUUCAGGUGUUUGGAAAUUGCUCCCAAGGAUGAACCAGACUUGUGGAGGUCUACAAUUUUAUUUCUGAGGUCUUGGCUGAUUUCUUUUGAUUUUCCCAUGAUGUCAAGCAUAGAGGCACUGAGUUUGAAGAUGGCCUUGAAAUAUAUCAACAGGUACACCUCCAAUUGACUCAAAUGAUGUCAAUUAGCCUAUCAGAAGCUUCUAAAGCCAUUACAUAAUUUUCUGGAAUUUUCCUUGCUGUUUAAAUGCACAGUAAACUUCUGAUCCACUGGAAUUGUGAUACAGUGAAUUGUAAGUGAAAUAAUCUGUCUGUAAACAAUUGUUGGAAAAAUUACUUGUGUCAUGCACAAAGUAGAUGUCCUAACCGACUUGCCAAAACUAUAGUUUGUUAACAAGAAAUUUGUGGAGUGGUUGAAAAGCGAGUUUUAAUGACUCCAACCUAAGUGUAUGUAAACUUCCGACUUCAACUGUACGUUGCAUGUUCAGAUGUCUCAGUCUCUCCUGAUUGUGUUUGUCUUGGUUUGGAUUGUAAAAAAGAAAAAAUGACAUUUGGCAUCAAUAACAAAUCCGCGAAUUAAGGCGAAUUAAAGGGAUACUUCAAUUAUUUUAGAUAUGUAGAUGUGUUUCAUUACCAUGAAAGCAGUCUAUGGACAUGUAGUGAAUGCAAUACACACUUUGGUUUUGUUAAACUAGCCACUGCAAACAUGUAAAUCAAUCCUCCCGUUUAGCAUGUAUCAAAUGUCAUACCCAAAUCAAAUCUUAAAUUGAUUGUGGUCCUCAAUUAAUUGGUUAAAACUAUUUUGAGAUAAAUAAUGUGGCACACAUUUCAAAAUAUUUCCUCAGGUACACCACAACAAGAUACAGAAUGUGUGCAGUGUCAGCCCGGAUUCUAUUCUGAAGUUUCCUCCGCAAAAGCGACCUGUGUUGCGCAAUCAAACUGCCAAGCUGGUGGACUGCGCGUGGUGCUGAAAGGCCAGAGCUGGCACGAUACACUGUGCGCCUCAUGCGAUGACCUCAAAACUCGUGGUAAAACACAUUUUGAAUAACAAUGUUUAUAAUGAACUAAUAAUUUGUGGCCUCAACUGAGUUUAAGUUUCCCAACCAUAUUUUUUAUUUUCAGAUGGAGCUGAAUAUCUGCAUGAAAUCCUUCCUACGUUCUUCAUUCAACUUCACCAGACGAUGGGUAUCACAAAAAUGCGUCGGUUAGCAAUGAGGCUGCCACAAGAAGGAGGCAAGAAACCGCUCCGAGGAACGGUCAUGAAGCUUUCUAGAAGGGGUCUUAACAACUUUAUGAACAGUUGGGACCAAGGUGCAGGGAAAGAUCAGGUUAGAAAACUUCCUGAGGUGUUGAGGAACAUAGGGGCCUUCAAUAUGGGAGACAAACUAGAGCGUAAACUGAAAUAUAUCGACCAGCAAUCCAAACUCUGCGAAGGGUUAGUUGAAGUAGCCCAAAAUGAGUUAAAGUAGCCUGUCAUCCCCAUCUUCUGAAUAACAUAUCUUGAGCAUUACAACAAAAAGUAAUUCAGUUCAACAGGUGUCCAUUUUAAAUGGUCCAUAUAGGGUAUGUGGGCUAUACAGUCUAGACCAGGGUUCCCCAAUAUUGGCCUGCGGGCCAAAUUCGGCCCGUUGGUAUUUUAUUUGGCCACAAGUUUUCUGAGCAAAAGUAAAAAUGUACAGUAUAUACAGUAUAUAUGUUUUUUUAUAGGCCUAUAUCAUUUUCUUUGUUGGACAUAAAAGACUGUAAAAUCACCAGGAAAUCAGCU